UGUGAAAUUACAUCUAUUAUACCACUGGAACAUGACCUGAUUUAUUAUAAGAAGAUCAGAGCAUAGCUCAAGUGCUCAGUGCAUUAUCCUAAAUGAAGCUCUGUCUCUGAGGUCUGCCAUAGCCCUCAUCUUUACUGUUAUGUUUUAGCCAUUGAUUUCCCUUUAGAACACAAAUGCCAUAAAAAUACUGCUUGGUAAAUGUUUCUUCAGUAUUGAAUAACUGCUUUUUCUGCCAAGGGGGUGUCAAAGUCUCUUCCCAACCUGUCUGUCACACACUGUUCCUUUUACAUGCAUCAGCAGAGGUCAGCUAAAUAGGUCUGAUAACUCAGUUUUGAGGGAGAUGCAGAUUGCAAGUCAAGUUGCAAGGACGGCAGGUAACUUUUCAAAGCUUGCUUGUUUAUGUAUCUUUGAUUGCAGUGGUUCCCAGCCCCUUUGGAGAGAGGCACACUGCUUUUGGAGCCUUCGUUUCUCUGUGAGUGAUACAUGCUAUUCAUGCCUCCCUCUGCGCCUGCAAACCAGGUUCUGUCCUGGACCUCCUGUUUCCUCUGCUCCUCCUCAAUUCAAAGCCACAGGCAGCUCCUUUCUCACAUUCUGAAGCACAGUUUGUCCCAGAGCAACCUAAUGGUGGGGAGGGGCAAAAAAAAAAAAAAAAAAAAAUUAUCUAGGCUGAAGGAAACUCCUGUGAGAGCUAGAAAGUUGCUCAGGUGAAAGUGGCUGUGAUUUGGAGAUGGGGUUGCAGAGAUUAGCCAGAAGCUUAUCACGGAUAUCUACAAAUAUCACUUGCUGUGUCAUAGCACAUGGAUUUCAGGACCGCCUGUGAAGAGACAAAGACAGGGGUUUGUUUGCUGCAGGAUGGUAACCAGGAGCCUUUCAAAGUGCGACUGCACUUAGCCAAAGAUAUUUUGAUGAUCCAGGAGCAGGAUGUGAUCUGUGUGUCUGGUGAGCCUUUCUAUUCUGGUGAAAGAACAGUAACAAUUAGAAGACAGACUGUCGGAGGAUUUGGAUUAAGUAUAAAGGGUGGAGCAGAACAUAAUAUUCCAGUGGUAAUUUCUAAGAUUUCCAAAGAACAAAGAGCGGAACUUUCAGGUUUGCUCUUUAUAGGAGAUGCAAUCCUACAGAUUAAUGGAAUUAAUGUGAGAAAAUGCAGGCAUGAAGAAGUGUUUGUUCGGUGGAGGAGGAAGAGGAAAGGAGAAUGGACUCUAUAUAAUUUUUCAAUAGUAUCCAGUGUUGGCCUGUUCCAGCCAGAUACAUGGAGGUUUCCAGAUGGCCCACCCCAUACUUCUCAACCACUAGUAUGGUACAGUAUGGUACAGGUCCUUCGCAAUGCAGGGGAAGAAGUGACCCUAACUGUGUCCUUUCUGAAAAGAGCACCUGCUUUUCUCAAACUGCCACUGAAUGAAGAUUGUGCAUGUGCCCCCAGUGACCAAAGCAGUGGCACAUCCUCUCCCCUAUGUGACAGUGGUUUGCAUCUCAACUACCACCCGAACAACACGGAUACAUUAUCAUGUUCCUCAUGGCCAGCAUCCCCAGGACUUAGGUGGGAGAAGAGGUGGUGUGAUCUUCGAUUAAUUCCACUUCUUCAUUCACGAUUUUCCCAGUACCUUCCAGGAUCAGAUUUGUGCAGGCAAAAUGCGUUCCAAGUAAUUGCUGUGGAUGGGGUUUGCAGUGGAAUAAUUCAGUGUCUCUCUGCUGAAGACUGUGUUGACUGGCUACAAGCAAUAGCAAGUAACAUUUCCAGCCUCACAAAGCACAAUAUUAAAAAAAUCAACAGGAAUUUUCCCGUAAACCAGCAGAUAGUCUACAUGGGCUGGACGGAAGAACGGGAACAAGACUCCCUUCAGGACCGAAUGUACACACCAAAGUUUCUAGCACUGAGGGGAUCUUCCCUGUAUAAAUUUAUAGCACCUCCAGUCACAACCUGGGAUUGGACACGAGCUGAGAAAACAUUUUCAGUUUAUGAGAUAAUGUGCAAAAUUCUCAAGGACAGUGAUCUACUGGACCGUCGGAAACAUUGCUUCAGUGUCCAGUCUGAAUCUGGAGAAGAUCUUUACUUUUCUGUGGAACUAGAGUCUGACCUAACACUAUGGGAAAAAGCCUUCCAAACAGCAACUUUUUUAGAAGUCGAACGGAUACAGUGCAAGACAUAUGCCUGUGUUUUAGAGAGUCAUCUUAUGGGACUUACCAUUGACUUCAGCAUGGGCUUUGUCUGUUUUGAUGCUGCCACAAAGGCUGUACUUUGGAGGUACAAGUUUUCCCAGCUCAAAGGUUCUUCAGAUGAUGGGAAGAGCAAAAUCAAAUUUUUGUUCCAAAACCAAGAUACUAAACAAAUUGAAGCAAAGGAGCUGGAGUUUUCUAACCUGUUUGCAGUCCUUCACUGUAUCCACUCAUUCUUUGCAGCCAAAGUGGCUUGUUUGGACCCUUUGUAUGUAGGCAGCCAAGCCACAGCUUCUGCUGCUCCCACAACUUCUGGUACUGGCAAAUUGAAGUAUUCUACUUGACAUCCCCCAUGCCAGCACUGCCACUCAACAACAAGACAUUAAAAUGUAAAAAUACUCAUAAGAUUUAGACCUUUGGUGAACCAUGUAUGUGGAAACCAAUCCUGGAGGCAAGACAUCUUGCAGCAUCAGCAGAUAAAUGGUCACGUGGGAUCAUAAUUUCAUCUCGGUUCUGCAAGACAUCAGUAAAUAAUCCUAGUCAAAACCCCAGAAUAGGAUGGAUAUGCUUUUAGUAUUAUCUAUUUGUACUUACAUAGUGCUUUAAGCAACAUUGGAAGCAAAGGAAUAAAUGGCGAAAUGAAGCACUUGAGUAUUUAAUAAAAUUUUCAAAUUGCUGUAAUAAUACACAAAUAGAAUUGUCAUUUUCCUCUUUUCAGAUGUUUUUUAAUGACAAUAUGCUAAACUCUGAGUAUGAACAUAAUGCCCUAUCAUUAUAUUAUAAAUGAGACCAAGCAUACAGUACAUGGUGACAAAGGAGAUAAGCAUGAAAAGACAUUUGUGUAAGUACCUCCUCAAAUAAGAAAGCACUUUAAGCACUGUUGUAAAUCCGUACUUGUUUUCAUAUAUGGAAUCAUGCUAAUUUUCCAUUUUGUUCUCUUUAUCUCACAGGAACAACAGCAAACAAUAUAGCCAUACUGGUCUGAUACAUUAAAAACAAAACAAAACAAACAAGCCAAAAGAGUAAAAACACUUUUUCGUGGAUAAGUCCCUCUUCUUCAAGUAAAAAUAAUGGCAUAUAAAUUUAAUUUCAAUUAUAAAUUAAGUGCAAGUACAAAAACUAUUGUGUCACCUAUUUAUUUCCUCCUUUUCUUUUUUUUUUUUGUUAAGAAUUAAAUACUGUAAUUCUAACAGUCUUUGUUCACAAGAGUUUGAAAUUGUUUCAAACAACUCAAUAUAUUGUUUCCAUGGCUAACUUUGAUUUUACAUUAUAGGUAGAACUUAUGUUUCAUUUAAACUCUCAAUAAAUAGACAUUUUUCAUUAUGCUUGAAAAAUUAUUUUACCCUUAGAAUUCUUAAUAAGUUAUUUUACAUAUAUCUAUAUUGAUAGUAAGACAGGAAUAAAUUGAAUAAGCUAUAAAGAAUGCAGUAAGAAUGCAUAAUUCCUUUGUUUUUUAAGACCCACUCUGGAUCAAGUACCAGUUUCAGAGUAUCAUUUAAUGAUGAAAUAUAAAGGACUUCUAAGUUUAAAAUUAAUAACUUUGUUGAGUUGCAAUUUUAAAAUAUAAUUUAAUUUUGUGCUAUGACACACACGAGUGAAGAUGAUGGAAAAAAGGUAUACAUUUUCAGGAGUAGUUUUCAGGGUUUCUUUUUAUUGUAUUGAAAUCAAAACUACCUUUUUUUCCCCCUCCACUUAGAUUUGUCAGUAGCACUUAUGAAAUAGGGCCACCAUCUUCCUUGUUUAUCAGACAGAGUAAUUCUGUCUUUACCCUUUCUAUAUGUUAAGAUGAUUAAUGCUUCAAAAGUGAAGCCAGAGGAAAGCUUAUCCAAAUGGAAGCAAUUCAAAAUGCAAGGCAAAAGGGACAAAAGGGAAAGGGACAAAAGAUGAAGGAAAUGUAGGAGCACAUCAUAUCUCUGGGGUUUUUUGCUUUGCAUUAGAAGUAUUUGGAUUUACAUGUGUGAGAGAAACAUUGUUUUGCAGUAUAGCUGAUCUAAUUUGAUACUAGUACCAAACAAUCUGAAAAUAUUUGGUGGAGGGGAACUCUUUCAUUACUUUCAAAGGUCUUCUGGUAUACUGGUACCUCCUAUUAGUACACCUCAAAGGGCUACACAUUUAUUUUCCAUCCUAAAUUCAGUGGAAUGAUGUAACAAUCCAGCUAUUAAAUACUCUAAGUGGCAUCAAAAUCCAAUGUUUUUGUAGACACCAUCAUGAAGUUUUUAAUGAGAAUUGUCCCUUAAUAAGGGACAAUUAUUGUCCCUAAGUAACGGGGCCACAUCUGAAGGACAGAUAAAACUACCGUGGCUGUCCAUAGGAUCUUGAGCUUGGACACAAGCCCCAGAUAUUUUGAAUCUAAAGCUAUAACAUUUUAAGAGGUUUAGCAGUGGUAACUCAGGCACUGCCCUUGUCUAAAAAGGAGAUAUUGAAAACGCAAAUUUUGGCAGAGCAUUGACCGUGCUGAAAAGAGAAGCCUGAUAUAUUUUAAUGACAGCUCUCAGUGCUCCUAAGAAAUCUCAUCCAUUUCAGUGCAUUGCUGUGGCAUUCAGCUGCCACAAACAGUGUGGCCAUGUGCUCCCGCCUCUACUGGCAAUAGCAGAAUCUGAAACUGGUCAGCUGCCGGUGGAAUGUUUUCCCUUCAACUGUUCAUGUGAUGUGCAGUUGCAUCACUGAAUCUGAGAGGUGUUUAGGAGACAUGCUUGAAUGACCGUAACAUUUACCCAAACCAUCACAAAAUAUGUCAUUGCAAAUUUCUGUAGAUGAAGGAAUUCCAUUAUUUGAAAGCCCCCUCCCAAAGAAUUCAAACAAAAAUUCUCAUUGUGCAGAAUGGAGUUAAUGACAUCAACCUUGUGAAAUCUGCCAGGGUAUCCUGAAGAUCUCUGUCAAGAAUUCUGUUUGUAAAACACCUGCAUUCAUCACUGAGAGUUUUGCAACUGGGCAUUAAAUACAGAACGUUUAAGAAACACAUUAGCCUGUAAAUUGUUUUUUUGUUGUUCUUGUUGGUUUUCUAAAGAGGUAAACUGGUGGGUCUUCAUCAGUACUUUUAUUUUCAAGAAGACAAGUGUUAUUGAGAGAAUAUAAGAUGUCAUAGCUUUGACUGCAGGUCAGUGUUGAUUUGUAAAUAAAGCAGGCAUUUGUGCAGUGACCUGACAGAAUAUUCAGAGGUGACUCUGCAUCCAGCCUUGCCUUUGUAGAGCAACUUGGUCAGAAAUUCAGUCUUGAACCAAAGAGGCAAAAUUUUAAAUUCUGUGUUAUAACUAAUCCUGAAAUGCCAAAAUAAAAUUUACAAACAUAUUAAAUGGCUACAUUUUGCAUUUAAAUACCUACAUUUAAAGCAUCAUUAACUGCAUAUGCAUAUGUCAAAACUCAGGCUUUGUGUUGCAGCCUGUCAUUUCACACAUAGCAUAUAAUGAAUACAAGUGUUUUGUAAGUCAACACAGCCCAUUGACAAUGAAAAGACAGAAUUAUAAUGAGCCAUCAGCUUUUGCUAAAAAUCUGUAUGCAAGUGAAAGCAAAUAUUUUAACAAGAAAGAGUAAACAAACCAAUCCAUAGCAUAAUACGUAAUUUGUUCUCUUUAUGCCAUCAUCAUUUCAAGUAAGUUUAAUAAAGAAAAUUCUUUAUAGUACUGUGUCUAUUGAUGUUAUAUAGUAUACCAAAAAUAUGUAUUCUUAAGUAUAACUAAAUGUAUUUGGCUUCAUUUAGUUUGCUUUAUGAUGGGAAUUUUAGAUUAUCUGAUUUUCACAGAACUAAUCAUAUGCUAGAUUAUAGUGUUAGCAUAAUUUUAUUAUGGAAGUGUUACAAAAUAUAUUUGAAUACAUUUAUUCUUGAUUUCAUCAGUAAAUGAAUAUAUUUCAUUUUCUACAUCUUUUUAAAAAUAACAAUUACAGAUUUUCAAAAGAGCUUUGCAUUACAGUAGCACAAAGGCACCUUUGAAAUAAAAAUCAGCAUAUUUUUAGCUGUUGGCCAUUUUAUUAUGUUAAUUAAGUGCAUCAAGAAUUUGUGGAGAAGAGCUAACUGUAAGAGGGCUAUUUUUAUAAAUCUGUCAUUUAAAGUUUUAUCUAUUCAAACUAGAAUUCUUAAGAAUGCAAACCAAUAAUAUACAGUAUCAAUACGCUUUGAGAAAAGAAUCGUAAAAAAUCUUGUUUUCUAAAUUAGUUCUUGAUUCCACAAAAUGAUAUUUAUUUAUUUUAAAUACAGAGACUUAUCAGAAUACCUGAAAGUGCAUGAUUAAACGUGUAGUUGUCAACACUGCAGCCUGCUACUUUAAAUGUGGUUUGGUUUAUUCAAUGCCUUAAGGUGUUUCUUGUAUCAGAUGAAAUGUUAAAAAAGACUUGAGAUCUUGAGAAUGUACAACUGUUGCCCUUAAAAAUUCAGAUCAGUUUUCAUUCUUUCUUGGUAAUUCCAAGAAAGCUUUUGGAAAUUUUAUUAACACUGAAAACACUAAGCUCUACAUUUCACUUUCUAUUACUUUAUGUAGUGGUUUGGUCUCUGAAAAAGACUAGUGUCUGAAAAAAAGUUAAAGCUGAUUUUAAAAAGUUCUGUCUCAGGCAGUCAUGAGUCUGAGCUUAAAGCUCUGACCAGUUCAGUAUGACCUCUGACCGGUUCAGUAUGAUGGGAAACAUGAAAGACUCACUUAAGGUCCUAAAAUUUAAGUACCUGUCUUAGAUGCCCGAGGUUGCACUUCAGGCACUUCAAAAGGGAAACACAGGGUGGGAAUAUAGUUUAAGAUCUCUGAAGAUGUACCUGUAUGUGUGUCUCUUUCUUUCUGUUUCUCUAAGGAACUAGAGGUGCUUCUACUUUAGUGUUUUAAUUUUAUCAGGAAUGUGCUUUUUAAGCCAGGCUCCUGCCUGCAGCCACUUAUGCAAUUCUUCUUAUCACAGAGCAGUCAUCAAACAUAUGAGCUGUUUCUUUCAGGAUGACACUAAGCAAGCAUCCCAGUUCACAUCCUGGUGGUCUUUCAGACCAUGCAGCCCAGCUGAAAUGAGUCCAGAGGGAAAAAAUCUCUGACAUGCUAGCAGCAAGACUGCCAGGUCCUGGUGCCAGCCACUUCUAUGGCUGUGGCAGCUGCUGCUUAUGCACCAUGGAGAAAAAGCUAAAAAGCUGAGCUUCACAGUGUAGCCCCCUGCAGCUCAGUGCCUGGAGGGGGAUGCUGUGCUGCAGCAAGGGGCAGAAUGAAGCUGAAAAAGGCUGAUGCUGCCCAGGCAGGUUAUUCUGCAUCACUUUUUCCCUCACCACACCAGGACAGUAUUGGCUGCAAGCAGGCUACCCCAUGCUGGUCAGCCCUCUCCCUGCUGCAUCUUUCUCCCCAUCUGCCACAAACACAGCCCUGAAUAUUGGCUCUGGGGUCCCCAAGCACAAUUCCAUGUUCCCUCACUCCCAUUGCUUAGACAGAUGCCAACCUGUUCUUAGAUACAUAUUGGAGCCUCUAAACCUUGUACACGACCAGGGGACAGUGUUAAGUUUUAUAGCAAGAGCAUAAGAGUGCUUGAGUAUGUGAUUAACUUUCAGGUUAUAGCAAAUAAAGUCUUAUCUGUGCUUAAGUGCUUUCCUGACUUGGAGGGAUGUUAAGUGGAAUUAUUUUAUUUUCCUGGAAUAAGUUCUAUAAUGUCAACACAUUUCUACUUGCUUGGCUCCUUUUUCAGGAAGUUUAGCAGUGGUUCAUAUACUCUUGGAAUCAUAAAGAAAAAAAAAAAUUGGAAUGCUGGAAUAAAAAAAACCCUCCUGUUCAGAUUCUGUAUAUUAUUACAGUACAUUGCAUAACCUAUUGAAAUAUAUUGAACAAUGUAAAAACAAAUGCUUUCAUUUACAUUUCCUUGUCAGUUUUUGCCAUGGUAUACAUGCCUUCCACUUUCAACAACUUUCUUCACAGGAAUCCCAGCUGUUACAGAAAUCCUUUGCUAUUCAGUAUAUACUAAUAUAUAAUGCUGUGUGUAUGUGUGUGUGGGGGGGGGGUGUGUGUGUAUGCGUGUGUCUAUAUAUUAGUAUAUACUAAUGGCAGAUAUUCAGUAUAUAUUAAUGAAAGUUACAUAUUAGGCACAACUGUAAAACAGGAGCAUACAUCCAUGAAGCUUUAUAUUUAAAAACUUACAAUACUAUAAAGAAACAUAUGUAUAUUAGUUGAAGAAAUGGCUAUUUUUGCAGGGUAUGCACAAUCUGGAUAUAUGAUAAUAAAUUGAUAAACAUUAACAGAUUUAUUAUUUCAUACCUCCAGGAACUUAAAGAUUUUUUUAAUUAUUCUUAUCCCUUUAGCAUAUUUGCAAUAUAUGUCAUAAAUUUUAAUUUGUUAUGGAUUAAAAUGACUGAAAAAAUGUAAUAGAAAGUCCUAUAUAUUUUAUAAAUAUUAAAAAAUAAGAAAAGCUAUUCAAGUUAUUUAUUUCAUUUUUAGUUAAGGUUUUGUGAUUGUUUGUAAUAUGUAUUUGUGACAAGCAUAAGUCACCUAGUUGUUUAAGCUCAUUAAUGUACCACUAAUAAAAUGCUAUCUUCUGU